CAAACCAAACCAAACCAAACCAAACAAAAAACAACGGUUUUUUUUCAUGUCAUUUUUUCUGCCGAGAGAGAGAGAGAGUAGCCACCAUAAAAGAAACGCUCUGACGCUUCUCACUGCGCUCCUCUGCAAAUUCAAAUCUCCACCCUCCCCAAAUCCAAAACCCUAACCCUAAAUCUUCUCCAUUUCUUUAAUCUCCUAAAUCUGUAAUCUUUUCUUGUCCCACCAACCUCAAAUUUCUGAUCUUGAAUCUCAACUUCCCAACUUUUUGCCCCUAAAAAAUAAAGUUCACAGCUGUAGUUAUUCUUUUUUAAUUCGAUAUAGAUCUGUAUUGAAGGUUUGAUUCAUUGGUUUCUUUUUCUUGGUUCUUUUAAAUAAACGUUUUUUGGGUUUUGGUUUUGAUAGUUGUUGAUAAUGGGGGAAAAGCGGAGUAGUGAUGACUUUGAAGAAAGUUCAGAACUUGGACGCAAGCGAGUGAAAAUGCGAGAUCUUGACUCAGUGUUACACUCCGAAGGAAUUGAUACCCAUUAUCCAAAAUCCACAGAAAUGAUCAAAGCCAAGCACCAUCCAUUCUCUGUUGAAAAAGAGAAGUCCGAUGAAGUCUCCAAGGAUGCUACAAAAACAAUUUCAGACUUUACCCGAGCAGAAAUAACAGCAAUGGUUGACCCGGCUGCCAGAUCUCUUGAUCUGAACACAGAAGUUUGUGUUGCUAACAAUUCAGCUAGUGGCGAUACACUGGCAUGUUCCAACAAAUUGUCCUCAUUUGGGAAGGAUGACAUAGGACACGAUGUUAAUCUACCAACAUCAAGGGGUUUUGGUUGGGAUCUGAAUGCCGAAGAUGUUUCUAACUCGCUCAACCAAGACCCAUUUUACCCUUACAAAAAUCAUGAAAAUUUGAAAUCAGGUGAUGCUUCUGAGUGUGGGAGCACUACUGGUCCAUUGGAGGAGAAAGAUCCAAUGAGAGUUUGGAAAGAGAUGAAGCAAAACGGUUUCCUCUCAUCUUCUCAUGGAGGCAUACCAGUGCCAAAGCCCCGUGGCAGGAAAAGUAAAAGCGAUGGACUCAAAAAAAAGAUGGAGCUUGCCAAGAGAGAACAAGUUGACAGGUUCGCGAAAAUUGCUGCUCCAAGUGGACUGUUGAAUGAGUUGAACCCAGGGAUUAUAAACCACGUGAGAAAUAGUAAACAGGUUCAUUCAAUAAUAGAGGCCCUAGUGAGGUCUGAAAAACUUGAAAAUCGUCAUGCUAAACAAGCUAACUCAACGAAGAGUGGUACUAAAGAAAUUACUGACAGGAAGGACAAGGAAAAUGUGAACGAUUUAGGAAUCAAUCGGGUUGGCCUUUCUCAUGAUGAUGGGUCCUUGAGUACGUUAUCAGCGAGUGAAUCGGUACUUUUUAACCACUCAAGGAGACACAGUGACUUGAGCAAGCUAGAGAGAUGGACUUUUGGUAAAACUAGUUGUUCUUCCUCACAUGCCAACCAAGACAACAAGGAUGAUAUACUUGCGCUGAAGUUGUCAUCGUCUAUAACUAUGGCCUCGGAGAAUACUAGCUCAUUGUCUAAUGAGGAGUCAGCAAACCUAACCAGUGUCUCUUCUCUAUCUGUUAAAGCUGCUAGUGUAGCUUCUCAAUGGUUGGAACUCCUUCAUCAAGACACUAAAGGGCGUCUUGCUGCAUUGCGACGCAGUAAGAAGAGAGUUCAAUCUGUGAUUCAUACAGAAUUGCCUUUCCUAAUGUCACGGGAAUUCUCAUGUAAUCAAGAGAAUGAUCCAUAUGUUAUGAAAAAUUCUGCUGCUGGAUGCUCUGACAAUGCAAGUGUGCAUGCUGAUGUGCAUCAAGCUAGGUGGAGUGCUCUAUUUGAACAGAUGGAUAAAGGCCUUUCUGAAGAAGAAAAACAACUGGAAAGUUGGCUGAAUCAAGUGAAAGAAAUGCAGCUCCACUGUGAAAGAGGCCUACAACAUUUCCAUUAUAGUGCAUUCCAAGAUUCACAAUGGCUGGGAACAUCAGAUAACAACUCCAGAUUAGAGGAAGUGAAUAACUCAGAAAGGGAAUUAGCCAUUACGGCAGCUGCAGCUUCCAUUUAUUCAACAUGCAACUUUCUGUUGUCAACAGAAAAUCUACCUUGCUUCUAAUUGUCUUGACUCCAAUACACCUCCUAUCAACCUAGGUCUAAUUAUACUGAUUUUUCUCUCUUGAUUCUAGUCUUGUUCAUCUCCAUUUGCUUUUGGCAAAUUGAUGAAUAGGUCUGUUAGCAGAGACGGCGUUGUGGAGUUGUUGAGUUUGUUAUAGUGUAACAUUAGAAGAUAUCAUUUAUGUUCAAUUCUAAUUGUCAGUCAUUCUCACAUUGGAGACAAACUUAUUGUUGUUUAGAAUUUUAACUGUUGGAAUCAAUGAAUUACUGCUUAAUAAUGUGUGAUGUUA